UUCAAGAUGCUGUCCAGACUCCGAGUCCUGGUAAAUGUGGGAACGGCGGCACGGCGCUUCGUACACACCAAAGAAAAGGGGAAAGCGCUUCUGCUUAGUCCUAGGACCAACAAGGGAAUGGCAUUCACGCUGCAGGAAAGGCAGAUCCUUGGACUGCAAGGUUUGUUACCCUCCAAGAUUGAGACCCAGGACAUCCAGGCGGCCAGAUUCCACAAGAACCUGAGAAAGAUGGAGGACCCCCUGGAAAAAUACAUCUACGUAAUGGGGAUUCAGGAGAGGAACGAGAAGCUCUUCUAUAGAAUAUUACUGGAUGACAUUGAGAGGUUGAUGCCCAUUGUCUACACACCCACCGUGGGCCUGGCCUGCUCGCAGUAUGGACAUAUCUUCAGAAGACCAAAGGGAGUGUACAUCUCUAUCUUAGACAAAGGACAUAUCCGAUCCAUUCUAGAGAACUGGCCGGAGACCGAUGUGAAGGCAGUGGUAGUAACUGACGGCGAGCGUAUUUUGGGGCUUGGUGACCUGGGGGUUUAUGGAAUGGGCAUUCCUGUUGGAAAACUGUGCCUGUAUACAGCUUGUGCCGGUAUACGCCCUAGGAUGUGUCUGCCGGUAGUAAUCGAUGUUGGCACUGAUAAUCCGGAUUUAUUGAAGGACCCGUUCUAUAUGGGACUGUACCAGAAGAGGGACCGGACCCAGCUAUACGAUGACCUCAUUGAUGAAUUCAUGGAUGCUGUUACUGACCGAUAUGGUCAGAACACGCUAAUCCAGUUUGAAGACUUUGGGAACCACAACGCCUUCAGAUUCCUGAGGAAAUACAGGGAGAAAUAUUGCACUUUCAAUGAUGACAUUCAAGGUACGGCAUCAGUGGCACUAGCUGGUCUACUCGCCACGCAGAACGCGAUUAAUAAACCCAUCACGGAGCAGAGAGUUCUGUUCCUUGGUGCUGGAGAGGCAGCUUUAGGUAUUGCAAACCUCAUCGUCAUGGCCAUGAUGGAAAACGGCAUCUCAGCCGAGGCGGCUCGAGACAAGAUAAGGAUGUUUGAUAAAUAUGGAUUGCUGAUCCCGGGGCGUGACGAAGGUGUAGACGGUAACCAAGAGUCCUUUGCACACUCAGCUCCUGAUCAGUCUGUGACAAGCUUUCUGGAUGCCGUCAAUGUUUUGAAGCCCACAGCCAUUAUAGGUGUUGCCGGCGCGGGAAGACUGUUUACAGAAGAUGUCAUUAAGGCAAUGAGUGCAAUUAAUGAGAGGCCAAUCGUAUUUGCUCUCAGUAAUCCAACCACGAAGGCGGAGUGUACGGCGGAGGAAGCGUAUACAUGGUCGGAGGGCCGCUGUCUGUUUGCCAGUGGAAGUCCCUUUGAUACGGUGACUUUAGCUGACGGGCGAUCCUUUAAACCCGGCCAGGGGAACAAUGCCUACGUUUUUCCAGGUGUGGCUUUGGCGGUUAUCCUGAGUGGGGUGCGGCACAUAAGUGAUCGUGUGUUCCUUGAAGCUGCAAAGGCUUUGGCAGAACAGCUAACUGCUGAAGAGCUGGACCAGGGCCGCCUGUACCCACCGCUCUCCAACAUCCGCGAGGUCUCCAUAUGUAUUGCUGUUAAAGUGAUGGAGUUUGUGUACAGAAAUGGCAUGGCUUUCCAGUACCCGGAGCCGCUAGAUAAGAACGCGUACGUGCGUUCCAAAGUGUGGAGCACAGAGUACGACUCCUUCUUACCCGACGUCUACGACUGGCCAGAGUACGCAUCAAAGCCUCACAAAAUGUUCUGAGCUGAGCCGACUCUCCUUUCCAGGAAGAUCGCUUUGCAUGAGAAUUGGGUUACGACCUU